AUGUCUAUGAAUUCUUCAAAGUGGGUGAAGCUUAUUUCCUUGUGCCCUCAAAUGGAAGUAAAGUUUGAAGAAGGGAAAAUUCAGGUUGUUGAAUCACCCCUGUGGAGGAGUAAUAACAAGUGGGAGUGUUUCCCACUAGCCUGGGAGACAUACAGCUUAACAGGAGGAGACACUACCCAUUUUCGCUGCAGAAACUGCAAUGGCGAGACCCAUAGAGAAUAUAACAAGGCUCCAGUUGAGAUCAAACAUGUUCUUCAUCAAAAACAUUCUCUUCAGCUUGUCUUGUUGCAUUUAUUGAGCGAAAGGAGGAGAUGUAGCUGCUGUGAUGAAUAUCUCAAAAAGGUAUUCUAUUAUUGCUCAAUCUGCGAUUUUGCUAUGAAUCUUGCUUGUGCGGAGAAACCACCAGUCUUAUUAUCGAUAUACCGUCCGAGGUGGCAUGACCAUACACUUGCUCUGUUCCCAAGAAAGAAUUCCUUAACAUGCAAUGUAUGCGGCUUAAUACAAUCAAGCGGUCUUUACUAUAUGUGUCCCCCUUGUGACUUUGUGAUGGACCAAAGUUGUCUCAGCUUACCAUGUGUCAUCAGAAUAUCUCGCCAUCCUCAUCGUCUCUCUUUUAGCCCUUAUUUUCGACAAGGAGACUGGUCUUGUGGUGUUUGUCGCACAAAGAUCAACAAUAAGUAUGGAGGCUAUUCUUGCAUCAAGGACGGUUGUUCUUAUGCAGCUCAUUCGAAAUGCGCCACACAAAGCAAUGUUUGGGAUGGUGAAGAGCUUGAGGGACUUCCAGAAGAUGGAGACGAAGAAGAGAUUGAGCCUUUUGUGAGGAUAAAGGAUGGAGUUAUACAUCAUUUCCUUCAUCAGCAUCAUCAUUUGAGACUUGAGGGGAAUACCGACAGAGACUACGACGAGAAUAUGCAGUGCCAAGCAUGCAUCACCCCUAUUUAUUUCGGCAACUUCUACUCAUGUUUGCAUUGUGAUUUCAUUCUCCACGAAAAGUGUGCGAAUCUUUCUCGCAAAAUAUAUCACCCGAUACAUCCACAUCAACUCACUAUGGUAGGUGGAUAUGAAGGUAUUUUAGACUUCGAAAAGGAUAUAUGUUCAGCUUGUAUUUGGCUUUGCAAAGCGGGUUUCUUCUAUGAGUGUGGUAAAGAAGGAUGUGAUUUUAAGUUGCACCCAGUGUGCCACAACUUCGGAGCCACUAGUCCACGAAAGUCAUAUGCAUCCUUUAUUCCUAACAUCUAA